AUGCGAACCUCCGAAGGGCCAACCAGCGCGUUUGAGACUCCUCCUCAUGUAGAAGCGGGCGAUUUGUCGACGAUGAGCGCAAAGAACAUGGACGACGCCGAGGCCUUCGAGGCUGACAAUCGCCGCCGCAUGGCCCAGGAAACCGACGAUCUGGAGAGGAGAGAGCGAGAACAAGACGACAGACGGCGAAGGGAGGGCUUCCCACCGGCACCACCACAUCACAGUAACGCGGGAUCAAUACCCAUCCACCAGCCGGUCGCGUCGAGGAUCUCUGGUGCCAUCCACAGCCCUGGUGGCCUCCUCGCAAACCACGGCUCUGCCGCCCCUCCAAUGCCUCUUGGAGCGCCUUCAGGGCCUCCCGCCAACUUUGGCGGUCCGCUCCAGGCCGACCAGGCCAGACCUCCCCAGCACGGCGGUCCCAAUAACGGCCCCGCGCAGCACCAAAUGUUUGCGCCUAUCUCUCAUCCGACAAAUCCGCCGAAUGCGCACCCUGGCGCCCCUGGCGGCCCUCCUCCCAUAUUUGGAGGACCUCUCCAGCAACGCGAAGUCUCACAAGCAUUGCAACAAGCGCCAUUCGGGGGAGGUGGUGGUGGUGGUGUAGGGGGAGGCGGCGCCAAUAACAACAACCCUGGAGCCCAGCCUCCACCAAAUCAAGCGCAAGGUGGCCCUGGUCCUGGCGGCGGACUUGCUCAAGGACAGCAGCCAAUUUUGAACGAUGCUUUGACCUACCUCGAUCAAGUUAAAGUGCAGUUCCACGAUCAAGCAGAUGUAUACAAUCGAUUUCUAGAUAUCAUGAAGGAUUUUAAAAGCCAAGCAAUUGACACCCCUGGUGUCAUCAACCGAGUUUCAGAGCUCUUCGCGGGGCACCCCAACCUCAUCCAGGGCUUCAACACGUUCUUGCCUCCCGGCUAUAGAAUCGAGUGUGGAACUGGUAGUGACCCGAAUACGAUCCGAGUCACAACACCUAUGGGAACCACAGUUCAGUCCAUCACAGGCCGAGUCACUCAGCCUGACGGGCCACACGCCCAGCCUGGCGCCGCCCAGCCGCUGUUUGGCCCCCGCAACAACGGCACUGGCAGCUGGCCCCAGCCUCAACAGCCGCAACUGCCUCAGCAUAGCAUUGAAAGUCCUGAAGCAACCUUCAGCACGCCUGUCCAGAACGGCGCGGCGGCCUUUGGCCAAGCGCAAGGUCUCGGCGCACCUUUCGAUGCUCAAGGUCCAGGCCACCAGCGAGGUCCGAACCAGAUGCCAGGUAACGCUCCUCCUGUCGCCGGGCAACCUCCACGCAACGCGCAGACACCAACGCCCCAGGCAGGUGCGCCGGGCGUCAACGGUAGUGCUGCUCAGCAAGCCGGACUGGAACGCCGAGGACCAGUCGAAUUCAACCAUGCCAUCAGUUACGUGAACAAGAUCAAGAACCGGUUUCAGGACAAGCCUGAAAUUUAUAAGCAAUUCCUGGAAAUUCUUCAAACAUAUCAGCGAGAACAGAAACCCAUUCAAGAGGUUUACGCUCAGGUCACUACGCUCUUUCACACCGCGCCUGACCUGCUUGAGGACUUCAAGCAAUUUCUCCCCGAGUCUGCUGGUCAAGCCAAGGGCACUCCUGGCCGUGCAGCUGAUGAAGCUGCCGCGAUCGCAGCCAUGACCACUCCGGGGCAGAACCCCCGAGAUGCACAGAAGCUUCCGCUCAUUGGAAGCUUCCCACCGCCCAACAGCGCAAGCAAAGACAACAGCAAGAAGAGGCCGAGAAUCGACAAGCAGACGCCGGUGCCUACACCUGCCAUUGUUGAAGCUGCUGCUGUUAGCAGUCGCGCACUCCCUGGCGCACCCGUCACCAACAGCAAACGGACUAAGCUUAACCACAAGCCUCUUGCUACCGAUCUCCCGGCUAUCGAGCCCACCUUGACGCCUAUCAUGCCUGAGCCAGUCGGACCAUCUGCUACUGCAACUUCGAGCCAUGACGAGAUCGCUUUCUUCGACAGGGUCAAGAAGUACCUGAGCAACAAGACCUCGUACAACGAGUUUCUCAAAGUCUGCAACUUGUUCAGUCAGCAGAUUAUCGACCGCCCCACCGUCUACCAGAAAGGCAGCGUUUUUCUUGCUGCUAACCCUGAGCUUCUCAGUUUCUGGAAACAAUUUCUCAAUGUUGAUUCCAUGGUCGACGUGGUCGACAACCGUCCAGCACCUCCUACCGGCAAGGUGUCUUUGAGUAACUGUCGUGGUUAUGGUCCCAGUUAUCGACUCCUGCCCAAGCGUGAGACGCUCAAACGCUGCAGUGGUCGUGACGAGCUUUGUGCCGAUCUCCUCAAUGAUCAGUGGGCCAGCCACCCUACCUGGGCCUCCGAAGAUUCUGGAUUCGUGGCUCACCGCAAGAAUGGCUUUGAGGAGGGGCUGCACCGCAUCGAGGAGGAGCGCCACGACUACGAUUUCAACAUUGAAGCGAACAUUAAGUGCAUUCAACUAUUAGAGCCCGUGGCUCAGCAGAUCAACGUCAUGUCUGAUGCCGAGAGGGAAGGUUUCGAGAUGCCUGCUGCACUUCGCGGUGGCUCCAUCCCGGUCUUCAAGCGAAUCUGCAAAAAGAUUUAUGGACUCGACAAGGGCCCCGAGGUUGUGAACGACAUGUUCGCCAACCCACUCAAUGUCGUGCCCGUUGUCCUCGCCCGGAUGAAACAGAAGGACGAGGAAUGGCGCUUCUCUCAGCGCGAGUGGGAGAAGGUCUGGCACUCGCAAACCGAAAACAUGCACCUGAAGAGUCUCGACCACAUGGGCAUUCAGGUCAAGCAGACUGAUAAGCGGAAUCUUUCGGCCAGGCAUCUCGUUGAUGUGAUCAAGACGAAGCACGAAGAGCAGCGAAGACAGCGCAGUUUGACUGGGAAAGCCCCACGUCACCAGUUCGUCUGGAACUUUUCUGACAAAAAGAUCAUUGUGGAGCUUCUCCGCCUCAUGAUGCUCUAUGCUGUCAACAGCGGCCAUCACAGCAUUCCUGAGAAGGAAAGAAUCACUGACUUCUUUGAGUCUUUUGUUCCCGCAUUCUUCGAUAUUCCCGAGGAAGAGUAUGACGGCCAGCUACCCCGUGUUCAAGACGCGUCAGACGAAGACGAUGCGGAGGAAAGUGCCCCAGCCGAGCUGACUAACGGGAGAAACCGCCGAAACGGCAAGAAGAGCGACCUGCUCCGUGGUGUUCUUGACCCUGGCCGCAAUGGAUCUAAGCCUCGUGGCCACAAGGAAGACAGCGCUGCGUCGGCGAGUAAAGAGACAACGCCUGACGUCACCUCCGCCAACGAGGAAGAGAUGCCAGAUGCGCCUAGCGAGCAUCCCGCUCCUCUCGUGUCAAAUGAGCGUUGGCUGUCCACUGUUCCUCAGCCCAUUGUUACCACUGGAGAUGCCUCGCUGCUCACGGACGAGGGCGAACUGAGGGCUGACGGUCUGUUCACCCGACCAUGGUACAACUUCUUCAGCAACCAGACCAUCUUUGUCUUCUUCAGCGUGUUGCAAACGCUCUACAAGAGACUCAGCGACGUCAAAGAGAGCGCGCGCGAUGUUCAUGUUGAAGUUGCGCGCCUCAAUCGUCCCCGGGUCGCAAGAGAGAUUGGCCUCUCGGAGAAUCCUAUGGACUACUUCGAGGUGGAUGAUGAUAUUCCAAAGAUCUGGUCCAAGACGGUUGAUUUGAUCGAGGAGUAUGUCACAGGCGAGAUUGAUGAGGUGCGGUAUCAAGAUGUCCUCCGCCACUACUACCUGCGCAACGGGUGGAAACUCUACACCAUUCCGGAUCUUCUCAAGACCCUCAGUCGCCUGGCUCUGACCUGUAGCUCUACCGACACCAAAGAAAAGACUCCGGAUCUCAUCCACCAAUACCUCAGCAACCGUGAGAAGGAUGAGACAAACUGGCAGACGGAGAUCGCCGCGAGAAAGUUCGCCGAAAAGUGUGUCAAGGAUGGCGAGAUGUUCGUGAUUAGCUGGUUCCCCAACAAGUCCGAGGCAAGCGUUCGCUGGCUGCAGAAGGAAGACACCACCUUCUAUAUGGAUGAGCUCAAGCAGCGUGAGCGCUGGCAGUACUAUAUCUCCUCCUACAUGUCCGUGGAGCCGACUGAGGGCGUCCCUAGAGCGCGCCUCCAGAAGACGGUUCUUGCUCGCAACCUUCCGCCAAUCGACGAAAAGGCUGACGACAACUGGACUCCGGCUGUGGCUGCGUUCUCCGAGGGCUUGGCACACAAAGUAUGCCUGAACUCGCUGAAGAUUGUCUACAAGGAGCGCACAUCUGAAUGCUUCAUCUACGAUCACUACUCAAACGUCAAAGACCCCAAGGAGCGCGAGAAGAUCACCAGACGAUGCCGUGCCGGCAGCAAAAAGCGCGAGGAGGUCAUGCGAGAGAAGUACGUGCUCAACAGCAAGUGGAUGAAAGAUUUGAGUCAAUCCGACGUCGAAAAGACCAAGAAUGACUGGAACAAGUGGCUCCAAGACGGCGUUGCGCCGCCUGUUGUCAAUGGUGACAACAUGGACACCACUGACUGA